CAGUGAUUGAGGCGCCAUUUUGCGUUGCCGCCGCCACAGAAGAGAAGUUAGGUAAUUGGAGGCAGUGGCAGGAGAAAGUCGGGUCUCGGCGCUCCUCCCUUGGAUUCCCGCUUGUUUGGCCACCUGCCGCCUUAGACACGCGCCAGCAUGAGCGACGUGGAGGAGAAUAACUUCGAGGGGCGGGAGUCACGCUCCCAGUCAAAAUCUCCAGCUGGGAGUCCUGCUCGUGUAAAAUCUGAGAGCAGGUCAGGAUCUCGUAGCCCAUCAAGAGCUUCUAAGCAUUCUGAAUCACAUUCUCGAUCAAGAUCAAAAUCCAGGUCUAGAUCCAGAAGACAUUCUCACAGGCGAUACACUCGCUCUAGAUCCCAUUCUCACAGGCGGCGAUCACGAAGUAGAUCAUAUACCCCAGAAUAUCGGCGUCGAAGGAGCCGCAGCCACUCUCCAAUGUCUAACCGAAGAAGGCACACUGGCAGCAGAGUAUGUAGUGCUAAUCCAGAUCCUAAUACAUGCCUUGGAGUGUUUGGCCUCAGUUUAUAUACUACUGAGAGGGAUCUUCGUGAAGUCUUUUCCCGUUAUGGACCAUUGAGUGGAGUAAAUGUGGUGUAUGAUCAACGGACUGGGCGAUCAAGAGGAUUUGCUUUUGUUUACUUUGAAAGAAUAGAUGAUUCCAAAGAGGCAAUGGAACAUGCAAAUGGAAUGGAGCUGGAUGGUAGAAGAAUCCGGGUGGAUUACUCUAUCACAAAGAGAGCACACACGCCCACCCCUGGCAUCUAUAUGGGCAGGCCAACUCACAGUGGAGGUGGAGGUGGAGGUGGAGGAACUGGCCGUCGCCGUGAUUCCUAUUAUGACAGGGGAUAUGACAGAGGAUAUGACAGAUAUGAAGAAUAUGAUUAUCGUUACAGGAGGCGGUCACCUUCACCAUACUAUAGCCGUUACAGAUCAAGAUCAAGAUCCCGUUCCUACAGUCCAAGGCGUUAUUGAAGAAGAGAAGCCAGUUACAGAGCAAAUACCAUUUUUAAAUAGCAAGUUCCAAUCCUAGCUUUUCCUGUAGGUCCCCUACAGUCAUCCUAUACCCAAUUAAAAUACCACUGGUUCAUUUAGAUGUAUUUUCUUUUGAAAUACCCAUUUCCAUCUCUUCUUAAUGUAAUAUUUCAGGUGUAAUUGUUGUAGUUUUAUGUACUUAAAUAUCUUUAAGCAAAAAUUAAUGGGAAUCCCAGAGUGGUAAAACAUUUUGUAAUUCAUGCUUUUGUUUGUUUUUUAAACAAGUGAAUUUUUGUUGAACCUCAUGGGGAAUGGAGAAGUUGUAUGUGUUAAUGCUUGCAUGUUGUAUUUUCAGUAGAAAGCUACUAUUUUAAUAACCUCUCAUCUUUCUGGAUUCAAAAAAAAGUGUCCUGUUUGUUCAGUUAUAGCACAAUUUGGUAUGUAAUCUUAAACCAGAAUUUUCCUGUAUCUUAAGUUUAAUAAUUAAAACAAUAUUGGAUUGGAAGGACUAUCCCUUGGAGGAAAAAAAAAAACUUGCACCCUGCACACUCUGUUUAGUGGUGCUUGAUAAAAUAAUCUCAGUGCUGAUCAGAGUAAAUUAAAAUUUAAUUUAAAUACCAAGCUGACCUGCAAAGAAUUCCUCCCACUUUUACUACCCCCAUAAUCAGGGCAAGCCUAACUGACUAGAUAAAAGAAAUAUUUGAUCUGUCCACACAAAUCUAUACGAUACAGAAAUUAAGAUGAAGCAGGUUCUAUUUAGUAGUAUGAUCUGAAAUUCUUAUUACUUCUCAAAAUAAAUUUAAAUUGUACAAAUA